AUGUACAUGUGGGAGAACUGUGGGCUUUAUCCAAGUCAAGGAAUUGAAGAGUUGAAAUUGAGGUGCUUAAUUAAAAUUGGAGAUUAUGGUAGAUUUGAGAUGCAUGAUCAACUGAGAGAUCUUGGAAGGAGCAUUUUUUGCCAAGGACAACUGCCUGAGAAACGUAGCGGACCAUGGGACGAUGACUACGAGGGAGUCACAAGAGUACUAAGAGAGUGCAGGAACCCCUGGUUCCGUGACUGGAUGCAGGCAACUUCAAGCGGAGACUCCAACGAACUCCUUUCUGAAAUAAGAUGGCUUCAGUGGCAGAUCAUGGGAAGCAAAGCGCCUCUUCCGACGACCAAUUUGCAUCUACCGAAAUUAUCGGUGCUGGAUUUAUCACAUAGCUGGGGCAUCACAGAGGAUUGGGAAGGAUGGAGUUUGAUCACGACGGCAAAGCGACUACAAGUUCUCGACCUUGGAUGGUGUGAAGGUUUAAGAUGUACUCCUGAUCUCUCGGCUUUCACGCAGUUGAAGAUCCUCCCCUUGAGCGGUUGUUUCGACCUGGAGCAUCUCCACCCUUCUGUUGGCAAACUCAAGAGCCUCGUUUCCUUGGACUUGAGUGAAUGUCGACGUCUCAAGGAGCUACCAGAGGAAGUGGGCGAAUUAAAAGGUUUAGAAGAACUUGUAUUAGAUGACUCUGGUAUUACAGCGAUCCCUACGUCUAUUGGUUCUCUGAGGAAGCUGAAGAAACUGCAUGCCGGAGGUUGUAGGUCACUGAGAGAAAUCCCUAGCUCAAUUGGAGAUUUACGGAAUUUGCAACAUCUUGACUUGAGUGGUUUUGGGAUUGAAAAGCUUCCCAGUGCUAUUGGGGAUCUUUCUUCUCUCCAGCGCCUUGAGCUAUGGGGUGACAAGCUCCGGUCGCUGCCACAGCUUUCUAGCCUAAUCCACCUAGAAAAACUCCGUCUUCGGGAAUGCCAUCUACUUGAAGACAUCCCCGAGCUUCCCUCAAGGCUCUUGGAACUUUAUAUUAAGGGGUGUGGUAAGCUGAUAUUGCUUAAGCUCGACGGAUUGAAGAACUUGGAAGAGCUUUCAAUUGGCCAUGAUAAUCUAGAGUUCUUGGAGGACAUAGUUAUAUAUAACUCCAAUUCCAUUGAAAGGCUGCUUUGUCCAGAAUCACGGUGUUUGAAGAAAUUAGAGGCUGUCAGGUGCGACAAUCUAGUUGAAAUUCAAGGUCUUGACGGUGCGAAGUUCUUAGAAAGGUUGGAUUUUACAGGAUGCGAAUCAAUGGAGAUGUUGCAAAAUUUGACGAGAUGUCAGAAGUUGCGAUCUCUAAUUGUUCGAGACUGCAAGAAACUUACUCAGCUUCAAGGACUUGAAAAGUUGGAUUUGAUUGAUUUGGAUAUUUCUGGUUGCGACUCAUUGGAAGCAAUACCGAAAUUAUCUGGAACGCGCAUCAUUAGAAAUUAUGAACGAGAGCUGUCUUAUUCUCUAUGGAAACAUUAUCAUACAAUGAUAAUGAUGUGA